AUGUCUACCAGUCAGUUCUUCGAUUUACUACCGGCUCAAUUGAAAAGGUUCUUCAACAGAUACCCCCCGUCGAUUAAAUUUGCAUCAAAACCGAUCUCCACUCAUUCGAUCGAAGCCAACCCAUUCCUCCCCAACAAGCAUCCUGUAACCGGUCGCUACCAUGAACCCAAAUACUCUCUGAGGCGGUCCAGCGUUUUGUACAAGAUGGCGUAUACCUACGGUGUUCAAGAUAUGUUACCUCCAAUGAAGAAGAAGUUCUUUGAAGACAAAUACCACAACAAAAAGAUGAUGAAAGGUGUUCUACUCCCUAAAGGGCACAAGCAUGAACUGCAGCGUGAGGCAAAGCUAGCGAAGAUGCAAGAGGCUAUCAAAAACGCGGACAAGUUCAUUAUCGAGGCCAAAGGUGCCAAGUACAAGAGAAAACUUGAAGCCAAGAAGAAUUCGAACGCCAGGACAUGGUUCUGA